AUGAAUGUAUUAGUAUAUUCAGGUCCUGGAACCACCACUGAAAGUGUCAAGCAUUGCAUCGACUCAUUGAGAAUUCAUUUGUCCAAGUUUUACGCUGUAUUACCUGUUAAUGAGACUGUUUUAUUAGCCGAACCAUGGAUGAGAAAGACAUCAAUGUUGGUGAUCCCCGGUGGGGACGAUCUAUCUUAUUGUCGAGUAUUAAAUGGUGCCGGAAAUAGAAAGAUUAAAAGGUAUGUGAAGGAUGGAGGCAAAUUUAUGGGAUUUGGUGCUGGAGGUUAUUUCUCUUCGGCAAGGUGUGAGUUUAACGUUGGCAGUCCCUUGGAGGUAUCAGGAACUCGAGAGCUAGCUUUUUAUCCUGGCACUUGUAAAGGUGAAGUAUUUUCUCGGUGCAACAAGCGUUCACAUGGUGGUGCCAAAGCAACAAAGUUAUCGGUCAACAUUCGUGAAUUGCCCAAUGCCCCUGAAAUGAUUCUCAGCUACCUUAAUGGCGGGAGCAUAUUCAUGGACUCAUCAAGGUACAGAGAUGUUAAAGUUUUAGCCAGGUAUGUAGGGCAAAUGGGCAUUGAGGAUGAGAUUAAUGCAGCGAUUAUUUACCGCAAAAUUGGCAAGGGUGUGAUUAUUUUGUGUGGACCUCGUCCUGAAUUCUCACCAAGACUGUCUAAUAAAACUAAAGGAGAAGAGGGGGGGCAAGUGGUGAGCAAGUUGAAGGCAGAUGAUAGAAAUGGAAGGGUACUUUUACGAGAAAUGUUGAGAAAGCUUGGACUUCGUGUUUGUGAAGAUGUCGAAGAUUCUACGCCAAGCACAACACCCAUGUACUUCACUUCGCCAUUUCCUAGGAAAAUUCAAACUCUAUGGUCAAAUCUCAGCCACAACUUGGAGAUGGAAAAAGGCUUGUUUAGAGAUAAUUAUGAUACAUUCAAAUUUCAAGAGGUAACAUCUCAAAAUGAAUUGGAAUUCAGAGACUGCAGUAUUGGAAAAAACGAGGAUUCCAUUAAUCAAGCCAAGAUUAUCAGUUUUAUGACCUCGGGUCAGACACCUACCGCAAAAUUGACCCCUUACUUCGACAUGCAAAAGUAUUUUGACAGCCUUUUCCGAUUGUCAACCAACGCUGUUCGCGAACUUGGCACUGUACUUGGGUAUUCAGAGGUAGUCUCUUCUACCCACACACUACUCGAGCAAAAUCUUCAAUGGUUGAAAUACCUUCCCCAUGGCUUAACGAUAACAGCUUCAACUCAAGUUUCCGGUCGCGGCAGAGGUGGCAACAUUUGGCUCAAUCCACGAGGCGUUCUUCCGGCAACCAUAUUGCUCAAGGUCCCCCAAAAGGAAGUGGGGCCGUCAUUCAUUGUGACAUUGCAAUAUGUUUGUGGGUUGGCUCUAAUUGAGGCUAUUUUAGGGUAUGGGAGUCGUGUCAAUGGUGAUGGUGCUGGGUAUGAAGAUAUGCCGAUGCGUAUCAAAUGGCCCAAUGACAUUUACAUGUUGAAACCUGAAUAUUUCAACAAUCGCCAUCUUGACCUGGGGUCGACAUUAAAUGGCAAAGAGGAGAAGUACGUUAAAGUAGCAGGGUCAUUACUCAGCUCUCACUGUAUUGACAGUCAGUUUUAUUUAAUUUGGGGUGGUGGGGUAAAUGUAUCUAAUGACGCCCCUACAACGUCGUUGAACGUAGUGUUGACUAGACUUAAUGAACUUCGCAAGGAAAACAAUUUACCUGCUUUACCACAAUAUGGAUUGGAGGCUUUAUUAGCAAAAAUUGUUGCUACUAUUGAUCAUUUCUACGCCACUUUCAAGAAAUCGGGGCUAUCUCCAUUCUUGCCUCUCUAUUAUCGAAGAUGGUUACAUUCAAAUCAAACUGUUGCCGUUUCUGGACAUCAAGGUGGGUCAAGAACUUGUAUAAUUAAGGGAAUUUCCCCCGAAUUUGGUUUGUUGAUUGCUCAAGAUGUAAGCAAUCAGGAGAUUUUGCAUUUGCAACCGGAUGGUAAUUCAUUUGAUUUAUUUAAAGGACUUGUUUAUAAAAAGAAUACAUAG